AUGUUAGUUUUAAUGUUCUUGCUGCUGGAACUGAUUUCUUACAAUGUAUGUCAGGCUCACCUAGCAAAAUGCAGGCUCCAAGGUCCACACCGUCCACUUCACACGUAUCAUCAGCCAGGAGAGUUCCUCAUUGGUGGCAUUGUUUCCCAUGGUGCCUUCUUCUCCUCUCCGGCAACAUUGACUGAGGAACCCCCACCAGCACUGCCUGAAGAGCUUGUGGUGGUGCCUAAGGUUUACCAGCACAUCGUGGCCUUGGCAUUUGCAGUCAAGGAGAUCAACAAAGACCCUCACAUCUUACCCAAUAUUACCUUGGGCUUUCAAUUAUAUGACAGCUAUUACAAUGCAAGGAGCACAUAUCUUGCCACACUGCUGCUUUUAUCCAAGGUGGAGAAAUUAGUUCCUAACUAUAUAUGGGAUGUCGAAAAUAAUCUGGCUGGGGUCAUUGGAGGACUGGAUUCUGAAAUCUCCUUUUAUGUGGCAACUCUUUUGGAUAUCUAUAAGAUUCCGCAGCUCAUUUAUGGCUCUGCUCCAGUGAUGAAUGAUAAAAUCCCAGGGCUUCCCUUCUACCAGAUGGCAGCCCCAGAAGCCCUUCAGUACGAGGGAAUUCUCUCUUUGCUUCUGCAUUUCAGGUGGACAUGGAUUGGAGUCAUUGCAAUGGACAAUGACAAUGGAGAAAGAUUUGUGCAAACCAUUUCCCCAAUGUUUACCAAGAGUGGUGUCUGCAUUGCAUUCCUACAAAGAAUUCCCAGUUUUAGAUUUGUUUCUGAAAUUACUGGAAUGCUACAACAGGGUGCAACAAUAAGCCAUAAAAUCCUGAGCAGCAAAGCUAAUGUAAUAGUGGCAAAUGGAGAAUCUUAUUCUAUGGCAUCUUUUAAAUGGCUUCCAUACCUAUCAGAACAUGAUGACAUGGCAAACAAUGUGAAAAGUAAAGUAUGGAUCUCAACAGCCCAGAUUGAAUUUGCUUCAUUUGUCUUUCAAAGGAACUGGGAUUCAGGAAUAUUCAAUGGUGCUAUAGCCUUUGAAAUUCACUUCAGAAACCCACCCGGAUUUCAUCAGUAUGUUGUGCACAGAAACCCUUCUGGCAUAGAUGGGGACGGUUUUAUCAGGGACUUCUGGCAACAGGCCUUUGGAUGUGUAUUCCCAGAUAUCACUUCAGACAAGGUGGAGGGGAAUAUUUGCACUGGAGAAGAGAAGCUGGAGAGCCUUCCUGGGUCAUUUUUUGAAACGAGCAUGACAGGCCACAGUUACAGCAUCCACAGUGCUGUCUAUGCUGUGGCCCAUGUUUUACAUACCAUGUCCACAUCCAGAUUCAGGCACAGAAGAAUGGCAUACGGAGGGAGAGGGAAGAAUCAGAACCAACAGUUUUGGCAGCUCCAUCACUUUCUGAGAAGUAUCUCAUUUAACAAUACAGCCGGAGAUGUGGUCUUCAUCAACCAGAAUGGAGAGGCAGCAUCUAGCUUGGAUAUUGUCAAUUGGAUAAUAUUCCCCAACCAAAGUUUGCACAGAGUGAGCGUUGGGAGGAUAGAUCCGCAGGCUCCUCCAGACCAAUCUUUCAUCCUUGAUGAAGAUGCCAUAACGUGGCACAGUUGGUUUAAUCAGGUCAAAUACCAGUUUUUCUAUGAAAAGGACUGGAGACAACAUCUGAGGGGUCAAAGAAUAGGCGUGGCCAUCGGUACCAAAAUCAGUUCUAGAGAUGAAAAACUAGUUGACAACGAACUCAAAAAUAUGAAUGACUGUCAUAAAUGCCCAGACAAAGAUUAUCCAAGCAAGAAUCGGGAUGCAUGUCUACCCAAGGAUACCAGCUUCUUGUCUUAUGAAGAACCUUUGGGCAUCAGUUUAGCCUGUUGCUCUCUUUCCCUUUCCUUGAUCACAGCUCUGGUUCUAGGUACAUUUAUAAAACACCACGACACACCCAUUGUCAUUGCAAACAACCGAAACCUCACCUACACUCUCCUCAUCUCUCUCCUGCUCUGCUUCCUUUGUGCAUUGCUCUUCAUUGGCCAACCAGAGAAGGUCACGUGCCUCCUGCGACAAACAGCUUUUGGCAUCAUCUUCUCAACCGCUGUUUCUUGUGUCCUUGCAAAAACCUUCAUGGUGGUUUUGGCCUUCAUGGCUACAAAACCAGAAUCCAGGAUGAGGAAAUGGGUGGGGAAAGGACUAGGCCACUCCAUUCUCCUUUCCUGCUCCAUUGUUCAAGUGGGCAUAUGUACUGUGUGGCUGGUAACCUCCCCUCCAUACCCACAUAUGGACAUGCAAUCAGUGACAGAAGAAAUUAUACUAGAAUGUAAUGAGGGGUCUGUGACAAUGUUUUACUGUGUCCUCAUCUACAUGAGCUGCCUGGCCACUGUAAGUUUUGUUGUGGCUUUCUUUGCCAGGAAGUUACCAGACAGUUUCAAUGAAGCCAAGUUUAUCACUUUCAGCAUGUUGGUCUUCUGCAGUGUUUGGCUGUCCUUUAUUCCUUCCUACCUGAGCACCAAGGGAAAAUAUAUGGUAGCUGUGGAGAUCUUCUCCAUCUUAGCCUCCGGUGUUGGGUUGCUGGGUUGCAUCUUUGCCCCCAAAUGUUACAUAAUCAUUCUGAGGCCUGAGCUGAACAACAGGGAACAGUUGAUAAGGAAGAAAAAUUAA